AUGAAUGGGACAGGUGUCAAUUUUUACAUGCCUAUGUCCAACAAGACAGGGGUGGUGCGAGCUGAGCCCUGGAAAUACCACGUUGUGUGUUGCUACAUCUUCUUCCUCAUCUCUACCGGUUCCCCCAUCAACCUCCUCACCCUCCUGGUCAUCUUCAAACACAAGAAGCUCCGGCAGCCACUCAACUAUAUCUUGGUCAACUUGGCAGUGGCUGACCUCUUCAUGGCCUGUUUUGGCUUCACAGUCACUUUCUACUCUGCCUGGAAUGGCUCCUUCGUCUUUGGCCCCGUCGGCUGUGCCAUGGAGGGUUUCUUUGCCACACUGGGAGGCCAAGUUGCCCUGUGGUCCCUGGUUGUCUUGGCCAUAGAGCACUACAUCAUCAUCUGCAAACCCAUGGGAAACUUCCGCUUCUCCACAACCCACGCCAUGGGGGGCAUUGCUUUUACCUGGAUAAUGGCCCUUUCCUGUGCUGCUCCACCCCUCUUUGGCUGAUCCAGAUACAUGCCAGAGGGGAUGCAGUGUUCCUGCAGUCCCGACUACUGCACCCACAAUGCUGACUACUACAAUGAGUCCUACAUCCUCUGCAUGUUCAUCAUCCACUUCAUCAUCCCCGUCAUGGUCAUUUUCUUCUCCUACAGGCGCCUUAUUUGCAAAGUCUGAGAGGCAGCUGCCCAGCAGCAGGAAUCAGCUACGACCCAGAAGGCUGAGAAGGAGGUGACCAUGGUGAUCCUCAUGGUACUGGGGUUUAUGCUGGCCUGGACACCCUACGCUGUUGUGGCAUUCUGGAUCUUCACCAACAAGGGAGCAGACUUCACCGCCACGCUCAUGGCAGUGCCUGCUUUCUCCUCCAAGAGCUCCUCCCUCUACAACCCUGUCAUCUACAUCUUCAUGAACAAACAGUUCCGUCAUUGUAUGAUCACCACAAUCUGCUGUGGCAAGAACCCCUCUGAGGAUGAAGACAUCUCCUCCAACAUAGCCCAGGGCAAGACUGAGGUCUCCUCCAUCUCCUCCAGCCAAGUAUCACCUGCAUAGACCAUGGACAGCUGGUCAGCUUUUGGGGACCGUCCCUACCUGCCCCAAGCACCAGCAAAACCCCCAGCUUUGUUCACAUUAUGUUUAAACAGCCACAGCCAGCGCGAAACCCCAGACUGCA